CCGCGGCCCGUCACCCGCUCUCGUCAUCCAAGGCUCACCACGAGGCCCUACGCGAUAAGUAAAUACUAUCCAGAUCCGGUGAUAUAUAUCAGAACAACACAUGCCGCGAUACGACGACUUUCGUUCCUCGACCGGGAGUUUGGAUCCAGGAGGCGCCCGUUGGGAUGCUGAACGGUUUACUCGAGAGCGCCAGGAACGUGCGUACAAUGCGCGUGCCCCGCCAGUGGUAGACCGACCAUACGAUGCGCCAAGGCGUCGCAUGGAGGAUGAUUUCUUCGAAUCUCGCUUUGUCGAGGAGGACAGAUAUGGACCGCCAGCCAGACGGUUGGAUAGACACUACGACGAUGACCAUCUUGUCCGCCCCGCCGGACCUUUAGUUGCCUAUGACCGCCGCCAUGCAGAUGGUCCACUACCCCGUCCAGGCCUUUUGAGGCGGCAGUCCUCAUUAGACAGCUUCGACCGUCCUCCUCGAAAGUUUGAUGAAUACUACCGUGACAGCUAUCGUGUUCCGGUGACCCCAUUGAGACCACCCAGGCGUCCGUCUCCGCCCCGGUUUGCGGAGCGUGACUAUUACGAAGACGUUCGCAUUGCUGAUCCCGACCAUUACGGCGACGAGGAGUACAGGGAUAUCAGGGAGCGCGAGCGGACGGUAGAGCGGAGACGUCCUAGAAGCGACGAAACCCUGAGAGAAAGGAUGGUGAGAGAGGUCGAGAUCGAGAAGCCUUAUCCACGGAAGGGAAAGACACGCAUGCCGAGAAGACUUGUCCACACAAGAGCGAUCUUGGAGCUUGGUUAUCCAUUCAUAGAAGAAGGAGAUAUGAUCAUUAUCGAGAAGGCUCUGGCGAAAGAGCAGAUCGAUGAGGUAGUCAGUCUCAGCCGAGAGAUCAAGAGACGGACGGAGAUUCGCACUGUACGUACUUCUCCGUCACCGGUCCGUUCAAAGCGCAAGGAGAAGUUAGUCGAGAAGGUCGUGAUGGAAUCGGACUCGCCGCGGUCGAGCCAUGAGACGCUCAUCAUUGAGAGGUCGCCGUCGCGUCACCGAUCGCACUCCCGCGUCCGGAGCGAGCUGAUUGAAAAGCGCGAGGUCAGAGAGGCUUCCCGCCCUAGAUCUGUAUCCGUGCACCGCAGGCGGCGUCGAUCGUCGCCCAUGCGUGUCAUUGAGAAGGACGACGUUAUAAUAGACGACAAUCGCCAUCUUCAGGUGAUUGUGCCGGAACGUCACCGUCGGAGUGACCGCGACAUCCGCGCUGAGAUCGAGGCUCUAGAAGCGGAGCAGAAGGCCUUGCAACUGGAACGCCGCACCCGGGAUGUUGCGCUAAUCCGGGAUACCGAGAUCAGCGACCGUGAAGAGGUCUUGGAGGUGAAGAGAGAUCGUAGAGGUAGGAUGAGUCUGGUCCGACAUAAACGGUGAUUUAUCGAUCGAGACCUAAUGAUACCCUUGUGAUAUAGCACCUAGUGCGAGACUUAUACGGGCGAUGCUGGCGACGGUCACUUGAUUUGUCCUUGAGUUGUCCCUGAACCGCCAGUCUGCACUUCGACGAUUCGAAUGAGACCCACGCCUUUUAUUACCUAUU